GCCGGCAGCCCCGUCGACGCUCUCGAUUGCCAGAACCUCACUCCGUUGCACACCCUAGUCUGGAGACCGAAGGAGGAAGAAGCGAAAGUUGCGGAUAAAACACGCCCAACCACCUUGGUGAAGCAUUUGCUGGACAAUGGCGCUGAGGUGAACACGAGGGACGUUUUCGGUGAUAGCCCACUGCACGAUGCUGUGCGGAAAGCGGACAUGGAGAUGUCGAAGCUUCUCCUGGAGCACGGCGCCGAUAGCGAGUGUCGCAACUUUGACGACAAGACACCA